AAAGCCAACCAGCGUCACCGCGGUUCCCGGCCAGUCCGUGCCGCAGACCCGCCGGGACUUAGUUCCUCCAGACCCCAGGGAUGCGAGUCGUGAUGCCCCGAACCCUCGUCCUGCUGCUGCCGGCGGCCCUGGCCGUGACCGAGACCUGGGCGGGCUCCCACUCCAUGAGGUAUUUCCACACCUCCGUGUCCCGGCCCGGCCGCGGGGAGCCCCGCUUCGUCAUCGUCGGCUACGUGGACGACACGCAGUUCGUGCGGUUCGACAGCGACGCGGCGAGUCCGAGGAUGGAGCCGCGGGCGCCGUGGAUGGAGCAGGAGGGGCCGGAGUACUGGGACCUGGAGACGCGGAUCGCCAAGAACAACGCACAGAGUUUCCGAGGGAGCCUGAACGUCCUGCGGGGCUACUACAACCAGAGCGAGGCCGGGUCUCACACCAUCCAGGUGAUGUACGGCUGUGACGUGGGGUCCGACGGGAACCUCCUCCGCGGGUACGGGCAGUUCGCCUACGACGGCGCGGAUUACAUCGCCCUGAACGAGGACCUGCGCUCCUGGACCGCGGCGGACACGGCGGCGCAGAUCGCCCGGCGCAAGUGGGAGGCGGCCGGUGAGGCAGAGAACUGGAGGAACUACCUGGAGGGCACCUGCGUGGAGUGGCUCGGCAGGUACCUGGAGAACGGGAAGGAGACGCUGCAGCGCGCAGAUCCCCUGAAGACACAUGUCUCCCGCCAUCCCAUCACUGACCAUGAGGUCACCCUGAGGUGCCGGGCCCUGGGCUUCUACUCUGGGAAGAUCACCCUGACCUGGCACCACAAUGGGGAGGACCUGACCCAGGACACAGAGCAUGUGGAGACCAGGCCUGCAGGGGAUGGGAGCUUCCAGAAGUGGGCGGCUGUGGUGGUGCCUCCUGGGCAGGAGCAGAGAUACACGUGCCAUGUGCAGCAUGGGGGGCUGCCCGAGCCCCUCACAGAGAGAAGGGGUAAGGAGGGAAACUUGGGCACGGAGCCUCCUGUCAGGGACAUGAGGAGCUCCUGUGGAGAACUUCAGGAGGGUUGGGGCUGAGAGCUGGGGGGCAAG